AAGGGUCUCGAGUGCGGGCGGGAGGGCUCCUGUCAGGGUCCCAGGGAGUGGCAGUCCUCAGGUAUGGCCCUGCCCAGGUAUCCGGACCUGAAGGUGCCUCCCCUGACAGUCCCCAAGCUAUGUCAGUCCUGCGGAGAGCCAGGAUUAAUUCCACGUCCCUGAGCAUGCGUUAGUCCCUCCUGUUUUCAUGCUUCAGGUUUCCUCGGGAUGAGCCAAGGGAGAGGUCUCCUUGCCUGGCCGGGGCCGCUGUCCCGUAGCUGAGGGCAGACGUACGAGCCAGCCGCGGACAGGUGGCUGCAGAGCCGGAGCAGGGCCGCCGCGCCGCGCCAUGGCGCCCACCCUGGCCACUGCCCAUCGGCGCCGCUGGUGGAUGGCCUGCACAGCCGUGUUGGAAAACCUCCUCUUCUCGGCAGUCCUCCUGGGCUGGGGCUCGCUGCUCAUCAUGCUCAAGUCGGAGGGCUUCUACUCAUACCUGUGUACUGAGCCAGAGAAUGUCACCAACGGCACAGUGGGGGACACGGAAGAGCUGGAGCACGAGGAGGUCAGCUGGAUGAAUGGCUGGCUCAGCUGCAAGGCCCAGGAUGAGAUGCUAAACUUGGCCUUCACCGUAGGCUCCUUCCUGCUCAGCGCCAUCACCCUACCUCUAGGCAUCGUCAUGGACAAGUAUGGCCCGAGGAAGCUCAGGCUGCUGGGCAGUGCCUGCUUUGCUGUCUCCUGCUUGCUGAUUGCAUAUGGAGCAAGUAACCCAAACUCUCUGUCUGUGCUCAUCUUCAUCGCCCUGUCUCUGAAUGGCUUUGGUGGGAUGUGCAUGACUUUCACCUCGUUAACACUACCCAACAUGUUUGGUGACCUUCGGUCCACGUUUAUUGCCUUGAUGAUUGGAUCCUAUGCCUCCUCAGCAGUCACCUUCCCAGGAAUCAAGGUCAUCUAUGACUUUGGUGCCUCCUUCAUCAUCAUCCUCGUGGUCUGGGCCGGCUGCUCCGGAUUGGUUUUCCUCAACUGCUUCUUGAACUGGCCCCUGGAGCCUUUCCCAGGGCCGGAGGACAUGGACUACUCGGUGAAGAUCAAGUUCAGCUGGCUGGGCUUUGACCACAAGAUCACAGGGAAGCAGUUCUACAAGCAGGUGACCACGGUGGGGCGCCGCCUCAGCGUGGGCAGCUCCAUGAGGAGCAGCAAGGAGCAAGCGGCACUGCAGGAGGGCCAUAAGCUGUGCCUGUCCACCAUUGACCUGGAGGUGAAGUGCCAGCCAGACACCGCAGCGGCCCCCUCCUUCAUGCACAGCGUGUUCAGCCCCAUCCUGCUGCUCAGCCUGGUCACCAUGUGCAUCACACAGCUACGGCUCAUCUUCUACAUGGGCGCCAUGAACAAUAUCCUCAAGUUCCUGGUCAGCGGUGAUCAGGAUGUAGUGAUGGCUACCGUUGGCCUCUACACCUCCAUCUUCGGUGUGCUCCAGCUGCUUUGCCUGCUGACAGCCCCUGUCAUUGGCUACAUCAUGGACUGGAGGCUGAAGGAGUGUGAAGAUGCCUCUGAGGAACCUGAGGAGAAAGACGCCAACCAGGGCGAGAAGAAGAAGAAGCGAGACCGGCAGAUCCAGAAAGUCACCAACGCCAUGCGGGCCUUCGCCUUCACAAAUGUGCUGCUUGUGGGCUUUGGGGUGACCUGUCUCAUUCCCAACCUGCCUCUGCAGAUCCUCUCCUUUAUCCUGCACACGAUUGUACGAGGAUUCAUCCACUCUGCCGUCGGGGGCCUGUAUGCCGCCGUGUACCCCUCCACCCAGUUUGGCAGCCUCACAGGACUGCAGUCGCUGGUCAGUGCACUCUUCGCUCUCCUGCAGCAGCCCCUGUUUCUGGCCAUGAUGGGUCCCCUCCAAGGAGACCCUCUAUGGGUGAAUGUGGGGCUGCUUGCCCUGAGCAUGCUGGGGUUCUGCCUCCCCCUCUACCUCGUCUGCUACCGGCGCCAGCUGGAGAGGCAGCUACAGCAGAAGAGGGAGGAUGACAAGCUUUUCCUCAAGCUGAACGGCUCCUCCAACCCAGAGGCUUUCGUGUAGCGCUCGCCGCCUCGGAACUGUGGCCUCCUGCCCUUGCUUCAGUGACUCACCGGUGUCCUUCUCCCCAUCCCAGAGGACCUCCGUGCACCCUCAGGAUCCUCUCCUUCGCCAUUUUGGAGUCCACGCUCCCUCCCAGGGCCCUGGUCCUGCCUUGGAGCUCUGCAGCGCUAGGACGGACGGGAGAGGGCCCGGAUGUGCGAUGUUCCUACUGCUGGAAGCAAGGGCUGGCCUGGGCUUUGCUCUGCCACUGUCGAGGGGCCCCGGAGCCUUGAGGCACAAUGGUGCCUGCAGGAGGAGCAAGGAGGACCUCCAGCAGGCAGGCUCUCUCUCCCUUAAGUGUCUGGAUUCUGCCUCUCGCCAAAGCAGAGGGGUCUGCCACCUACUGCCUGCCACCUGCCCCUCAGCUGCAUGCCCACUGGCCACACCUGCCCAAGGACAAAGGCUUGCACUGUCUGCGCGCCCUCGCCUGGCCCCUCAACCUCCUCCCUGGCCAGUCUGAGGCUGCCUGAGGAAGGAAGGACCCGCUUCCUGUUGUUGGUGCUAACUCCUUUGUAAUUCCAGCCCCCUGUGGCCUGUCCGUGACCUGUCCUCCUGUUAUAGGCCUGUGGAGAAGCCCCCCUGGCUUAAAGCCUGGGGAGGGGACGGAGGGCUGGAUAGUCAUGCACGGCUAGGAGCCAAGGACAAGGCUGCUUAGCAGUCCCUCACCUCCUCCCUCAGGGCAGGGAGCAAGUUUCCACUGCCACCCUUCAUCCAGUCUGUGACCCGAAGGGAAUUAAAACAGCACCAACAGGGCACCCCCUACACACACAGCUGUUUUUAUGGGGGUGGAAGCCAGGCUGCUGCUGACAGAUGAGGAGGUCCAGGCCUGGCCGGGGAGAUGGACGGUGAGGGGCCUAAGUGUGUGUGUGUGUGUGUGUGUGUGUGUGUGUACAUGUGUAAGUGGGAUGUGUGACCCUGUGAUACGUGUGAGGGAUGUGUGUGGUGGGGUGAUGGUAAGGUGUGGGCUCUGGGUGUCUGCCCUCAUCUUCCUGGGGCCACCCAGGAGCCAGCCAGGCCUGCCACAGGCCCAGGGUCCUGGAGGCAGCCUCACUCUGGGCCUGGAGCUGGUCUGAGGCCGUGGGGCCACAGCGCCCCCUGCCGGCAGACUCCUCCAGGGCCCUGGAGCUGUUUACGGGAAGAGGCCGCCCUUCCUCUGCCAGGCGGGCCUGGCUUUCCAGCCCCCCACCUGACUGCCUCCAGAAAUGUGUCUGAGACUUCCUGGGAGUGCUCAGCAGGGUGGGUUGAUUUUUAGGUUUCUACUUUUGGGUUUUUUCUUUUAAGUUUUAUCAGACUCCUUUUUAUAAAGCAAUAAAUCCAUUUUCCUCCUGGUAAGGGACGCCCCUGCUAAGCAUUUCAGUUAAUGGCUACACGUGCCUGUUUUGAGCUUGAGGAGAAAAGGCAAGACAAGAUUUCUUGCCACUGAGCAGCUCCAGUCCUACCCAGCCAGCCACUCCCCAUCUCUCUGGGUGAUUGCCAUCUUAGAAGCUACAGUGGGGCCAGGAAGAGACCUUACUCCCCACCCCACCCCCAAACAAACUGCACUUGUACAGACAUCUUAGAAGUGUGGGCCAGACUGCCUCUGCUGUUUAUCCGAGCCAAACAGCGAGUCCUGAUCCCUUCCAUCCCCGACUCAGAUUUCUUAUUCCUGGAUCCUCUGCCCUGAGGGUUCCUCCUGAGCUCAGGACACAAGGUGACCCAGGAGAACCUCAGGCUCAAAGAGACAGAAGCAGAAAGUGGUGAGGGAAACUGGUGGGGAACAGUAAAGGACAGACCCAGGCCCAAAUUCGAGUCCUGCAUUAACGGUCGAGCACCUUGAACACACCUAAUUUUCCUAGAUUUCAGUCCACUCAAACAUUAAAAAACAAGAUAUUUGUUUGAAACAAUUA